CAUUAUUAUAUACAGCUGUGCAAAAAAAAUUAGAGACUACUUCAGUUUAUGAACCAGUUUCUCUGAUUUUGCUAUUUAUAGGUAUAUGUUUGAGUAAAAUGAACAUUGUUUUUUUAUUCUAUAAACUAUGGACAGCAUUUCUCCCAAAUUCCAUAUAAAAAUAUUGUCAUUUAGAGCAUUUAUUUGCAGAAAAUGGCUGAAAUAACAAAAAAUGCAGAGCUUUCAGAUAAUGCAAGGAAAACCAGUUCAUAUUCAUAAAGUUCAGAAAUCAAUAUUUGCUGGAAUAACCCUGGUUUUAAUCACAGUUUUCAUGCAUCUCCUCCACCAGUCUUACACACUGCUUUUGGAUAACUUUACACCACUCCUGGUGCAAAAAAUCAAGCAGUACAGCUUGGUUUGAUGGCUUGUAAUAAUCCAUCUUCCUCUUGAUUAUCUUUCAGAGUUUUUCAAUUUGGUAAAAUCAAAGAAACUCAUCAUUUUUAAGUGGUCUCUUAUUUUUUUUCCUGAGCUGUAUUUAAAUACCUUAUACAGGCUUUAGGGAGCUGCUAUGAAUAUGUGAGAAAAUCCCACUAGUUGCGGGAGAAGUGGUAUGUCUGUUAUUCAUCCAGUAAGCACAUUUGCUUUACACAAGUUUUGGAUAAACUUUUUUUCUGUCAUUUGUGUGUGUGUAUGUAUGUUUGUGUGUGUGUCUGACUUUUUGUAGUGGACAAGGCAAUUGCAGAGCCGGCUGGCGACUGACAGGUCCUCUGCUGCCAACAGGGAACUGUAGAAACAAAAUAAAGGCCUUCAAGAGCCCACAAGCUGUCCUGCUGUAAACUCUGACUGUUUUUUGUUGUUCUGUUGGACUCUCUGCAUUGAUAUCUCUCUGAUAUUGAUACCUACGACAAAUAUGCUAAUACAAGUCAUACAGUAUGCAUGCAAAAUGGAUCUUAAAGGAAAAACUUUAAUGGACAGGGAUUAAGCCUAGGUGUAGACUACAUUUUAUUUUUAAGCUGAAAAUGUCUAUUUGAAAUGCUGUGUAGUGCAAGACUAGGCUUAAUCCCUUUCUAGGAGUCUGGGAAAGUGUUCCAUCACUUUUUUGAUGUUCAAUUGUUGGGCCUGUCACAGUGAUUAUAUUUUUAACUUAUUGUAAAAUAUAUGGACAUUAUCUCAGUCAUUUUUGCUGACCUCAAUGUUGUGCGUUGAGAGCCACUAUGUCAACCUUACUAUGAUAUUUUUUCUACGUUUAAAUGUUAUAUUUAUAUUUUAUUUAUUUUUUUACCCUUUCAGUCAUUUUACCACUAAGAUAAAAGCAAGACAUGACUGUUCUAGAGCAUUAAUCUUUUCCACUUAACUCAAACGAAGACAAAAGCCUGAGAACCUGUGGUUUUAACAGCGUUUUUUCUGUUUUUUUUUUGUUGUUGUGUUUUCCAGUUCUUUUCCCUGGUUCUGCCAGUGCUAUAAACCAGACCCAGCUGAAAAUGCCACCUAAAAGUUUUGUCCUGCAGCUUUGUCCUGUUCUGUUUCUCAAAUCUCUCUCUCUUACUCACUCUCUCGCUUCAUCAAAGAUAAUCAAUGUGUGGAGAAAAAACAUUAAUUGCAGAUUUGCUUCGUUGACCUAUGGAUUCCAGCCAUCUACCGAAAUGCUAUUAUCUCUUUACUUUUCUCUUUGGCAUUUUGUCAGACUCUGUAGUUGAGAUUAUGUGGGCUUUUGCUGGCCGGACACUCACUUGUUAUUACUCAGUAGGCCAUGUGGUAAGGUAACAUAGAUGCACUAUAUGGACAAAAGUAUUGGGACACCUGCUCAUUUAUUUAUUUAUUUAUUUAUUUUUGCAUUUGAUGGUGCAAGAAACCAUUUCUAUUGUCCAGCAAGAUAUGACUCAAAAGUAUGGAUAUAUCAUUCAAUAGAACACAGUCCCACUGGUUUACAGAACAGUGUUGGGAGGAAUUAUAUCCCUUAAGCCACAGCCUGCAAAAAUUCUGGGCGGGUCGCGAACAGCUUGUAAAAAGUUUUGCAGUUUUGAUAUUUAAUCUUAUUCUAUAAAAGUCGGUUGUGACUUAAUAAUGUGAGAAAAUGUGGGUCCCGAGCUGAGACCAGUUGAGAACCCUUGCUCUAGACAGUUCUAUUCAAUUGGAGUGCAGCCUAUGCUGUGUUCUCUUUACUUUGGAGCUCGGAAACAGUUAAAUACUUUGGUGUUUUAUGGCAAAUCCAUUAAUUUUCAUUACAUUUACAUAAUUUAGCUGAUGCUUUUAUCCAGAGCCACUUACAAAGUUAUUUCUAUUACAGAGGUUGGCCAAUGUAAUGUGAGGAGUCUUUCCCAAGGGCUCUUUUUGGUGUAGCACACUAUAGUCACCCAGACCUGGAAUUAAACCCCAGUCUCCCACAUGGUAGCUCACUGGCAGGUGGUGGUGUUUUCCAUUGCACCACACCAACCACAUACAAACACAUCUCAGAUCAUCAUUAUUAGCAUUGAUCGUGAUACAGGUUUAUUUUGUAGUUGGUUUAAAGUGAUUUAAUGAGACACAAAUUGACAGAAUUGAGACACUGCUUUCUCUCAGCCCUAAAUUAGCUGAAUGCGUUAAUUAGAAUGGUGUUCACAAGCUUUUUGGCAUAUAGUGUAAGCAGUAGAAGCUCCACACGCCAGCAAAAGCCUGCAGUAAAGGACAGGAACUAGGAGCUAGUUUGAUUGUCAGUAGUUAGGGUUAGUCAUCCCUUUAGAAAUGAACUGUGAUUUGCUGUUGAUCUCCGAAUCAUGAACUCUUUGUUUUGUCUAUUUUUGAUGUUUCUGUGUGCUUUAUAGCGAAGCAGCCGACGUGAGUCGCUUGUUCAUAAAACUGCUAAUGAAACAUGAGAGCACAUCCCACUGGACAGCCGGCUGUGCUUGCUUACAAUUGGUUCAUGACUUAAAAAAUCAAGUUCAGGUGUGAUUCCUGAUGAGUCUAAAGCUCUGUCCCUGCUGGCUCCAGCCAAUGCUGUUGCAGGAUUGCUGCCAGGGGGUGGGCUUCUCCCCACACCCAAUCCAGUGCCAUCUAUUGGUGGUGUUCCUCUUGGCAGUCUGGGAGGGCCUGCCAUGGAUGCCAUGGCUGCACUGGGCAUGCCUGGACCCAAUAUGAACCCCCAGUCUUUGUCUGCAGAGCAGUUGAUGAAGCUGAUGGCAUCGAUAGAUCCCAAGUUGAACCCUAUGGCUGCUGGUUUAAAUCUAAACCCUGGGUUGAAGGCAGAUGCAUCGAACAAGGAGAUCGAGGAGGCCAUGAAGAGGGUGAGGGAGGCCCAGUCACUCAUCUCAGCUGCCAUUGAGCCUGGAAAUAAGAAAGAUGACAAAAGAAAGCAUUCAAGAUCAAGGUCAAGGUCACGAAGGAGGAGAUCAAGGUCUCGCUCCAAAUACAGACGCUCCAAGAGCCGCUCCCGGCGGAGGUCCCGCUCCAGGAGCAAGAGGAGGUCAAAGAGCCCCAGAAAGAGGAGAUCUCACUCCAAGGACAGAAGCAGACGUUCUAGAUCAAGGGAUAGAAGGAAGGAGGACAAGGGGAGGAAACGCUCUAAAACCCCGCCGAAAAGCUACAGCAGUGCCAGACGCUCCCGCAGCACCAGCCGACGCCACAGGAGGAGCCGCAGCAUGUCCCGCUCUCCAAAGAAGUCCAGAUCUCCCAAAAGGAGGCUCUCCAGAACUCCCUCUCCCAGGAGGCAUAAAAAGGAGAAGAAGAAGGAUAAGGAGCGGGACAGGGAUCGGGAGCGGGACAGGCGAGACGACCGCGACCGAAACCGAGAUAAGAGGGAACGUUCCACCAGCAAGAAGAGCAAAGACAAGGAGAAGGAGCGAGACCGCAAGUCUGAUGGAGAGAAGAGCGAUGUGAAGGUGACGAGGGAUUAUGAUGAAGAGGAGCAGGGCUAUGACAGCGAGCGAGAGGAAGAGCAGGAGAGGAGUUCAGACGUGGCUUCGUCUCCUCAGGCGGCCGGGCUACAGGCCGACAGCGCUGAUGACGCAGGGAGAGGGGAGUCUGACGGCCCCAGCGACGAGCAGCAGGACGAGGACAUGGACAUGAGCGACUGACCUCAGCAGAGAUCGCUUCCACGUUUUCUCUCCUUAUAUUUCUGGACAGUUUGGAUUUGAGUGGCUGCUCUUUGAUCUGAUUGGUGGAAAAGUGCGAGAGCAUCUUUACCAGAAUCUCCAGAGCGCAUACCUCUAAUUACUCUUAUCUCCAUUCUCUCUGUAAACUACUGUACUCACCAGUGAAACUCUUUCUGAAUCUUUAUUACCUACACUUCUUCAGCGUUUUAGAGCCUUUCCUCCAGCCGGCUGUCCUCGUCUGAUACGGAAUGGUGUUCUUCUGUAGAUUAGACACUUCCUCACACAAACGACUACAUCACUACAUCAUUUGUAAGCUCUCUGUUUCUGGUUCUUUGCGUUACAGAAGAAACGGCCGCUCCAGCGCUCACAGAAAUCAGGUCGUGUUUGAAUUCUGUUUUUUUAAUGGUUAUGAUCAGGCCUCCGGCUAACGGUUGACACUUCUUUUUUUUUUGCUGUUGUUUGACGUCUGAGAAUGUUUGCAGAGAUAGUAAGGAAUAAAAUAUAAUUUACAGCUGUUUUAUUUGUAACUGGUAAUAAUACUACUGGCCACUGAUGUUGGAAACUUUCUUUAGUUUAAAAGAUUUAAAGGUUAUUGCUGUUCACUCAAGUUUAUACAUUCAUCUUUCCUGUCCUCAUAGAUUGUAGAUUAUUUGGAGAAUGGUUAUCUGCAUUGUUUGUUUGUUUCAAUUCAAAAUGGAAAAUAAAUCUUCAACUCUUA